GAUGUUGGGGUAAUCCUUUCUUUGUUGUGUUGAAGUGUUGUAGUCAUACUUUCCUUUUUUUUCUGAACCAAAUUUCUUUUCCCGAUUUUCAAUAAGUACCCUUCAACACUUCUUCCAAAUUAUGCUACUGAGAUUUUAACCAUUAAGUGAUUAAGUGAAAGAAGCAAACUUGAUUUCUGAAAAUGAGUGACAAAGAGAGUAAGGACAAGACAUUGCCCUCUCCGGAGGCCAAGUCAACUGUAGAUCAAAAUGCUUCUGCAGUGCCCCCUCAAAUAGCAAACUCAAUACCAGUGACAAUUAAUCGAUCAUCACCAUAUGUUGGUGUUUCGGCUAUUGCGUCAUCUCCUCCUCAGUUUGUGACUAUGGAAGAAAUUAUGUCUGCUGCGAAUGGAUUGAAAAAUAUGCAACUAGCUCAUGAGAUUGCUGUGGACAAAGAUUUUAAAUUGCAGCCAUAUGAACCUCCAGAAAACAGCCUUGAAAGAGUGGUUAAAGAUGCAGUUCACAGAGCUUUUUGGGACUUGUUAGCAGAGGAGAUUAGUGAAGAUCCUCCUGUAUACAAAGGGGCAAUGAUCCUUUUGGAGGAAGUCAAAGAAAUCCUGCUUGAUUUGCUUUAUCCUCAACAUGAAAAACUGAAGCAAGAAAUAAAUGAAAUGUUAGACAUACCAUUCAUAAAGCAGCAGGCUGAAAAUGAUGCACUGGACUUCUUAGGAUAUGCCCAGUUUGUUAUAAAUGUGAUGGGAAGAAUCUGUGCUCCAGCUCGGGAUGAAAGAAUUCAAGAACUGAGGGGAAUCACUAAUGUUGUUCAAGUUUUCAAAGGAGUAUUUGAGACUCUUACUCUAAUGAGGUUGGAUCUUGCAAAUUACAAUAUUCAAUUAGUUCGAUCUAAUCUCAUGGCUCAAAGUGUAGAUUACGAGAAAGAAAAAUUUGAAAAACUGCUCAGUCUUCAAGGAGGUUUAGGUAGCUUAAUUAAUACCAGAAACUGGUUAAAAUCAAGCAUGCUAAAAGGAGGAGAAAGAGACAUAGUACUCUCAGCAUACUUAGAAUUGUUUGAGUGGAAUCAUGGUAUUGAAUUGCCUGAGACUGUUGUAAUGGAUGCUGUGAGAAUACAAGAGCUCUGUUAUCGCUUGCAAAGGUUGAUUGUACAGGGCACUGUCCUGCUUGUGGCACUCUCCAAAGCUAAUUAUAAAGUUCUCCAGCAAAGCACUUCCUUUAAGGAAAAUCUUAUGAGUCAUAUUGGAGUUCUUCUUCAGGAUGUUCGUGAUGAUGAAAUGCUUAAAAAUGUCCUUCCUAAUGUUGCUGAACAAAUUGUAAGUGACAUAAAACUUUUUAUGAAUUCCACAAAACAUGUUCCUGAGCAACAGACAUUUGAUAUGGACUCAUCCUUUGAACAAUCUUUAAAAGAUCUUAUUCAAGAAAUUCACAGACCGGACCAUAAUGUUCGUCGGAUAAUCAAACAAAGAACUUCUGAAUUCUUGCAAGCUGCAUUUUCUACCUCCCCAAGUGCUCUUUCUCAACUGCCUCCUGGUAUGACUACUGUGAAGUCCGAGUUUUUCUCAGUCAUUGGCUCAAUGAUUCGUCUUUACCAGUAUAACCUGGCAGUAUACAGUGAAUACUACAAUCAAAUUAUUGCGAGUCUCAAGGAAGAAGGGUCAUCUUCCACUUGAAACAGGAACAGCUCCAACAUGCUACUACUUAUUACACUACUUAUUUCUGCAAACUGCAGUUUCAGAAAUAUAUGAAAUAUUUAAUACUUUGUUAUACUCUUUGUUUUCACCUUUAUGAUUUAUUUUUGUUAUAAAAUAACAGCUAUCUUUUCUAGUCUUGCUCAUUGUUGUCUACUGUUUUUUUGUUUUUUUCCUUUUGAAUUCAAUGAUUUAACUAACUUUUCACAUUGUACAUUCAUAAAACUGUGUGAUAACUUAUCGAUAAGUGUGUAGUAUUAAUGUGUUAAUAUACUUUAUAUUGAAGUCACUUAACAUUACAAA